CGCACUGCGCAUCUGCAAGCUAUCGUGGUACAGUUUCCUUACGGGAGCUGUUCUGUGAUUUGCGGGAAAUGGGGGUGUCCUAGCAACUAGGCCAGCCAGCAGCUACUGACGAUUCCAAUGACCCCGUAUAAAGAAACGGCCGGCGAAGAGCGAAAGAGUCGGUCCAGCCGCUGCUUGGAGCUUGGGAAAGGAAGGGAAGCGGCCUUUCGAAUUGCUGUGGCCGCUGUUCAGCGCCUUGUUCCAUUGCUACAAUUUUGACAGAAGCCCAGGAACUUCUGUCCUAAUUCCCCGUGUUCGUUCUAUCCAACUGUCCCCUUGGAACUGCCCCCGAAAUUUUAGAAUAGUGCCCGGGUAAAAAGUGAGGAGGCGAGAUCCCUUUGUAAUCUACACCUCACGUGCUAAAGGAUGCUCGAGUCUAUUCGAGUCACUGAAAAGCUUCACUGGCCAGAGCAAGAACUUUCCAAGAAGUCCAUCUUGAAGCCUGAAGAACAGAAAUUCUUUUGCAUGAAUGAAACCAGAAGUGUUAAGUCCUGCAUCCUGAAGGACAACUUCACCACAGGGACAAGCAGCUACAAUGUUUUGCUGCAGAGCAAAGAGGAAAAAAAGCGUCAGAAACAUUCAUCAGCCCACCACAAAAGACUCCGGAAGCCCACCAAAUCCACUCAUGGUUCACGUAGUAAUGAACGCCACAAAGUUAAGACACCACUGUUCAUACCCCCAAAUGGGUGGUGCUGUUUCAAAAGGCGCUCCUCCUAUUUUAUUCCCAGCUCACUCCGCAAUGGGAUUAAAUUAGCACAAAAUAUUUCAGUAACAGGGAACAGCAUAGGAUUGUCAACUCCACCCAAGAACAAAUGUAAAAGACAUUUUACCUUUAGCCUAGGAAAGCCCAAACAGUUGCAGACAUCUAAAAGCUGCUUAAAAGAUGGAGAUGCCACUGGUCGAAAGUUUUGUAUCCUCACUGCAAUCAAGCCUUCCAAUGUAGAAAGGGAGAAGAUCAAAUUUUUCAAAUCAGAUUUUACCUCUAACCCACAGUUUGAAUAUGCAAGUUCUGCCCUGCCCAGUGUACUUGAAAAGUACAGCCAAGCAUCCAGCUUAUUUCUUAAACAGGCUAUCAGAAUUAUGGAACUCACUUUGCAAAAAUACGGAAGUUAUGAAAAUUUUGAACAGUCCACUGGAGGAAGCCUGCUGCCUAGGAGUCGCAUCUGGAAUCAUGUCCGAAAAUACAUGGCAAAAGAAGGCUGCCUGGGCGAGAUUGUGGUUCACCUUUCUGAAGACUUGCUUUCUCGGGCCUCAAUGACUGUGGUGAAUGGCCGUCCAACUCUUACCAUCAAUAUUUCCACUGCAAGGGAACAUUGGUUAGAAGGGAUGCUCAGGCAUGAAAUAGGAACUCAUUAUCUUAGGGGCAUUAACAACAAUAGCCAAUUAUGGAACAACUGGAGCGGGCGCCGGAAGCACGGGUUAAAACCCAUCAACCCCACUGAGGAAGGCCUGGCUAGUAUUCACAGUGUUCUCUUUCGAAAAGAUCCUUUCCUGUGGCGGGCCGCCCUCCUGUAUUAUACUGUCUACCAAGCCAGCCAAAUGUCUUUCAGAGACCUCUUUCAGGACAUUGGAAGGUUUGUCACUGAUCCCAAUACUAGGUGGGAUUAUUGCGUUCGAGCCAAGAGGGGUUGGAUUGAUACUUCACAACCAGGGUGCUUUAGUAAAGAUCAGGUCUACUUGGAUGGCAUCCUACGACUUCUGAGAUAUCGACGUUCUAUUGAUUUCUACUUAUUGACAGCUCUAGGAAAGGUUUCAUAUGAGGAUUUGGAUCGUCUGAAGGAUUUAGGAAUGACUGAAAACAUGAGGGUGCCACAUUUUUUGCAAGACUAUUCUCGGUACAUGGAACAUCUAGAAAAGAUCAUGGAAGUCAAUGAGCUAUCUGACACUGAACUCCAAGCUCUUGUACCCUAAACCAGCCUAUCUCUGUUUCACAUGAGUCACUCUUAUGUUUCAGCUCUGAUAUAACUCAUAGAGUGGAUUAACUGAACUUAUUUUUGAUCCCUGGCAAAAGUCAUAUUUUGGGACCUACUUCUGUUUUUUAAGAUUGAAAAACUCUACAAAUCUGAAACAAAAUUGUCUUUCAAAGAAAGAAAGACAAAUCCAGUCUGGCCAUUUUAAGUAUGAAGCUGUAUGUAAACCAAACAGAUUAAAUUGUAGCUGAAACACAGGCAUAUCUUUUAAGAAAUUAUUGUAUAGAUUUGUCAAUAGAGCUUUUCCAGAUUUUACUGGCUUUUGAAUUGUCUCUCUAGAGUAUAGUAUUUUGGGGCUUAGCUUCUUUCAAUUUAUUUAGACAAUUGUCUUCUUCUAUAUCAAAAGGAUCAAUGCCUUACUGUGGGGUUUGCUCUCACUACACUCACAAUCUGUGCUUUAACCAUUAGAAUUGCAAGGAUACCACUGAAUGCUUGAAAAACACUAGAAACAUAGCUAUAUCUCAUGACUAUGGAUGUAAGCUCUAGUCUUGCGGAUUUUGCAUUUACAGUGUAUAAUCCAUUUGAUGUCAGUUUGUUUCAUUGUAAUUCAUUAAUGGAAAUUAUGUGAAAGGGUAGGGAAGAAAAUGAUCUCCUUUCAUAUUUAUUAGUUUACUAAGAACAUUCCACUGACUUGUCUUUAUGUUUUCAUAUUUCAUGAAAUUUAAUUUAAGGAAAUGACAUUAUUUUCCCCUUUAUUUUUGAUCAUGUAUAAAUAAAUUUAGAAGAGGAAAUUGGAAAGAAAUAAAACUUGGAAUUCUAUUUUUUUUAUCCUCUCUUCAGACCCAUACUGAAAUAUAUUUAUAUGUAAAAAAUUCUUUCUGUUUGUUACAGAUAUAGUUAUAAAAAUAGUUAGUGUAAUGCUUGUGAGAUGUUUUGUUGGAUUAAUAUACAGUGCAAAUGGGUUUGUAUACCUAAACAAAAAUCUCUAAUUUGUUUAUGCAUGACUGCAAAAGCACAGAAGCCUAUUUGAAAAGUUUAGGCUGGCCACUAGUUUUUGUUUUUCUCUUUUUAAGACAUUGAUACUUUUGUUUUUGGCACAUAUACAUUUAGCACGAAGUAUGGGAUAUAGAGCUUUAUAUCCCUUUUAGAAUAGUUUUACAAAUCCUUCCUCAUAUCUUGGUAUUAUUUAAUUCAAUGACAACCUAUUGAUGCAAAAUUACAUAUUUUGAAUAAAAACCUUAUAUACAAGAAGAUUGGAAAAAUAAUUCAUUAUAAUAGAAUUGUGAAAAUAUUCUUCAAUAUAAUGACAAUCUAAGACAGAAGGUAAAAGAUCAAGAAUAUGCAUUGAAUUUGAUGCAAAUUAAUGUAUCCUGUUAUUAGAGUCUUAUUUAUGUCGGAUCCAUCAACAUUGAUUUCUGAACUGUGUUGAUUUUAGGGAUCUCUGGUUUAGAACAAAAUUCAAUUAAAUUAAUAGUUCAUCAUAAUAAUUUAUUAUCCCAGUUAAACAACAGCUUAUCUUGAAUAAAGUCUAAGUGUUCAUUAUAUGUAUUGCUUCAGUAUUCAUUGUUUUGGUAGCAUAGACUGUGCCUUAUAUUAUUUCAGAACAGAACUAUUGUAACUGCAUGCUAUCAUUCAGAUUGUUGUAAUACCGCCUCUUAAUACAGUUAAGGAUCAUUGUGUUCCUGCAUUUAUUUCUUACCUGUCCUAAAUCUAUCCCAUUAAAUCCAUUGCAACUGUAGUGCAUAAAAAUAGGUCUAGGCUAGGGGAAAACAUAAUCCAGGAUAUUAGGGAGAAUAAAGUAACAAAUCUUUACAAAGAAUGAAAAUCUUUACAAAGAAUGAUGACUGAGCACACGAAUGAAAGGAACCAUUCUUGGUUGAAUUGACCAACAAAUGUUGUCAUGAAACAGGAGAAAGACAAAACUGGCAUGAUGUUCUAUUUAUCUCUUAUCUAAAACCUAAAUCCAAUCUUAGAAUGUAGCUGUAGAAUUUCACAAUAACUUUCACAGAAUUUGGUGUUUUAACAAAAAUAACUUACUUUUAUCUUUAUUCCCUUUUCUCAAGCAAAAGUAUUUAGCAGCAAUAAUAUUUUUAUUGGCCAGCAUGAUCAUUCAAAAUCUGUAACUAGGUUUUACAUACUGAAAGCCGUAUUUUCUUAUAUUCUUGAAGAGUAGAUUCAAAUAUGCAGAUUAUAGAUUUCACAUACUGAAUGUUCUAAUUUUACAUGCUAUGUUACCAUGUUCAAAUUACUGUUAGCAAGGCAUUUGUCAUUCUGCCUGCCAAAUGUCAUUUUCACAGGAAUAUGGAAUAAUUGUGAUAUAUGGAUAAUAUUUGAACAUAAACAUCCAUAAAGAAUGGUUUAAAAAAAUCUGGUGCAAUUUAUCUGUUGUUCUAUCUUAGAAUAUAUCGGUAAUUUGAUAGUCAACUCAUUUCUCCAUCAGAAGGACCACCCUAUCAAUUCAUUUUAAUAAUGUGUUUUUUUCUCUUUUUAUAAAACAUUUUGAAUUUGUAAUGGUGGUUUUGUAAAGUUUUUCUGGAUUUUUAAAAUUGUGACAAACCUGUUCUUAAGCAGUUGUAAUGAAAUAGUAAAAGAAGUAAUAAAAUAAAGUAUGUCUCUCCCCAGA